AAAUCAUCUCGUUUCACCAAAAACAUUACAAUUUAAGAUUUGCAGACUCACAAUACUUACGACAUGGCAGUUCAAGUGUCAAAGAAAAUUUGUCGUGUAUUGAUGAUUGUAAUUUUAUUUGCAAUGAUGUUUUCAGCUCAUUCCAACUCGAUAGAUGUGUGUGUCAAAAAUUGUGGCGUGAACCAGUGCAUGAAAGCAUCAAAGAAAGCGACUCCAGCUAUAUGUGACAACCCUUGCAAGAUUAUAUGUGAUCCUCUCAACAACGAGCGAUACAUCGUCCCUCGAGGUAAUGGUGGUCCUAUAAAAAGGUUCUGCAGAGCAUUUAGCUGGAUUUGUAGCGCGUAAUUGAUCGACAUUACAAAAAUUGUCUCCUUUCUUUAUGCAUAUAUUAUAUAUUUAUGUUUUUUUGUAUCAUUGUAUUGAUCCAUAUUUCAAGUACUUAUGUAUCCUUCUUCCAUAAUUUUAUUAUA